AUGGGGACCCUCAGCUGCGACCCAGUGGCCAGGCCAGCUACAGUGCCCCUGGCCCGGCGGGUGGCUGAUGGCCACAUCCCGGAGACCGGACUGAGGAAGUCCUGUGGAGUGGCCACCUUGGAGAAUGGCUCGGGACCUGGCUUGUAUGUUCUUCCGUCCACUGUUGGCUACGUCAAUCACGAUUGUACCAAGGCAGCCAGUCCUGCCUACUCACUCGCUCGGAGGCCCAGUGAAGCACCCCUCCAGGACUCCAGCCCAGGACCUGUCUACUUCUUGGACCCGAAAGUUACUCGCUUUGGCCGUAGCUGUCCCCCUGCCUACUCCAUGCAGGGCCGGGGUAAGACUAGAGGUCUGGAGGUAACACCAGGCCCUGGGGCCUACAGCCCAGAGAAGGCACCCCCCGUACGCCAGCGGAACGCCCCAGCUUUCACGCUGGGCUCUCGCCUCCGACAGAAGCCCCCAGACACCUCUGCUCCUGCCCCCAAUGCCUACACCAUGCCACCCCUCUGGGGAUCACAGAUCUUUAUCAAGCCUAGCAGUCCCAGCUACACAGUUGUGGGCCGCACAACCCCCGCACGCCCCCCUCAGGAUCCUUCUGAGACUCCAGGCCCUGGACAGUACGAGAGUCCUGACCCCAACACCUACCGGCAGCGUAGGCCGGCCUUCAGCAUACUGGGGAGACCCCGAACACCACGGCCCCCGGAAGACACACCGGGUCCUGGUACCCACAACCCGGAACAGGUCACUGUUAACCGGGCCAGGGCCCCAGCAUAUACCAUGGGCAUCCGUCACUCAAAGAGGGCAUCCACCAUGGUAGGGGACACCAAAUGCUGA